GAGGAGUGGUUGUUGGGUUUGGUGAAUUGUUUCUUCUUGGAAGGCAACGAGGGACGGACGAAAAGACAGCCUUGCUUCGCUUUGCUGCGGGAAAAAGGCGCGCGCGGCCGCCUUGUUCCCCGUCUUCUCUCCGUCCCAAUUCCUCCCUCCGACGAUUUCUCCCCAUCCCCAUCGGCGGCGGGCGGCAGGGCAGCGCUCGCUACGCCGGAGCCUCCUCUCGUUGUCCUUCUUCCUCGAAUCACCCUCAUGCCCCUUCCAAUCAUACUGCACUGGCGUGGAGUGGGGGAUCCAUCCCCACUUGCUUCAUUUCUUAUUCUGUUCUGAACACAGCUGAAAUAUCUGAUACAGUCGGCAAGCUUUACUUUUCAUCACAUUUGCACAUUUCAGGAUGAGCUCCAAGAUCAUGAUAACCUACAAGAGGAAGCGCGUUACCUCACAAGACCAUACUGCUGAUGACACAGCUCUUGAUUCGUCUCCUGCUGCCUCCAGUAAUGUAGUUGCCAGCAAUUUACCCCCAAGGUUUGAGGCGCAUGCUGAGAACACCAUCGUAAAAGAAGAUAAUUUUGUUACUCCUACAAAACAACAGCCUUUGUCAAUGCAACAAAGCAUCAAAGAAGAAUGUGAACCGGAGAGAGGGAAAAAUGAGUUGUAUGGAUCGUUACCACAGAAAGAACAACCUGAGAUUUGUUCUGCCACGAUUCCGACUGCAGAGGCACACAACAAAUUAUUACAAUGCAGUGAGGACACAAAUAAUCAAAUCCCUGUUUCAAGUUCUAUGUGUGAUCCCAUGCAUGCUGAUGGAAUGGCUGAUCGGACAAAAGAUCAGAAUACCUCAGCCACUGCGGAAAAAAAUUCUCAUAAAGGGCCAGAAAAUACUAUGGGAUCUCACCAAUGUAAGAAUAGAUUUAGUCCUCUGCUUACCUUUCGUAGGCGAGUUAAAAAGAAAAUUAAUGAGGAACCAGCAGAAGAAAUUUGUUCACCAGACAAUGGCAAACAGUGUUCAACACUGACAUGCAGUCAACCAAGCUCGUCAAUUAAUGAUACACCCUUGCUCAAAUAUACUGCUGGAAACCCUAUGGAUACUGAUGAUAAGGUAGCUAAAGUGAGAAGCACUGGACUAUCUACACAAGCUGAAAGCACACAUGAACAAAAAAGUUCGCAAAUCAUAAAAUCCUCAGUUCAGCAUAUGGUUCCACGGAUUGCUGAAGGUGGAAACCGAAACAUGACCCUGGAAGAUGAUGGUACACCAGUGUCAAAGUUCACUUGUGUACAAGAGGUCAGGGAGCAAGAUGCAACAGUGGAGGACUUGAGCAAAACAUUGCCAAUUACUAUUGAAGUGCCAAAAGUUAUUGAUGUGCAGGGAGAGGGAAAUGGUAUUGCGCAAACUACCCUGCAGUCACCAAGGCAAAGCGUAAAUGUCAGUUGGUUGAUACCAACCAAUAAAUCUGCUGCAGAAGAUGUUCCAGAAUCUCAAGGUUCAACAAAAAAUGUACCGGUUAUUGUCUUGGAUGAUGAUAGUGAUGAGAGAGGCAAAGAGCUAGAAAAUUCAGAGGCUCUUGAUCAAGGUCUUCAUAAGCAAAAUAAAAAGAAUUGUUUAGGGAUGAUUGACCUGAACUGUGCUGAAUUACGACAAGAAGGGUUUCUCCAUUUGGGUGACCCAUCAAUUCAAAAGCUGCCAGAUCAGGAUAUAAUUGCUAGUGCUCAAAAGCAGAUGUCCCAACCAAUUGAAAGGAUGUUUUUCACAAAGGAGAAAGACACUAUCCAUGGCAAGCAACAACAGCAUGAAGAAAGCUCAACCAUGCAUACCUCGUACUCAAAUUUCUUUGACCUGGCUCCACCAAGGAACACUGGGAGUUUGAAGAGACCAAGGAACUUGCCUUCAGAAUUGAAGUUCAGAAUAAUGGACAAGGCUCCUGAAUUCAGUUUAGACCUAAGCCUGGAUAGUUUCCAAGACAGUAGAGUGUCUGCCUUGAGGAGUGAUAAGUUGUUUCUUGGAGGCACCUCCAGCAUAUCUCAUAAGCUGACAGAAAGGCUUGGCACAUACUCCUACAAGAGGCACUCAGCUCCGUGGUCAGAAGAAGAGUUGGAUUUUCUUUGGAUUGGAGUUAGGAGGUAUGGCGUCAACAAUUGGAAUGCAAUGAUGAGGGAUACACGGAUACGGUUUUCAAACUCAAGGAUGCCUGAGGAUCUUGCUAAGCAAUGGGACAAGGAGCAGAAGAAGCUUCUGACGUCUGCUCUGGGUCCUGCACCACCUCUUCAUAUAGCGGAGGAUUAUCUCGGUAGAGCUUCGUGCUCAGGUUGCUCAAAGUCUCCAUUUCUUGGAGCACAAACAGACCUUUCAUUGGGCGAUGUCUACCUUAGCAAUGCUCAUGCUUCAGAAAGAAGUCGGCAUCAUUUGUCAAGUUUGGGGCUGUUAAACCUUCAUGGAACUGAUGGUGGGCCAAGAAAUCUGUCCCUGGGAGGCUUCCCUGGGGCUUCUUCCUCGCAUGGAAGAAGUGGCAGCAGGCGCAAGAGGGCAUCCAAGCUCCAAAAGUCAUACUACGACAGCAAGUCACCUUGGUUCCAGGAACCAUCAGAGAGGGCGUCUCACCUCUUUCCCAUGAACCAACAACCGAUCAACAGCCUUCCCCAGUGGCUGACCAAGGAUGCGGAGACCGGCACAAGCCGAAUCGACCGGGAGAUGUGGCCGAGCAUGGCACUAGCACCGGUGCAUUCUGCUGCGGAUCCUCCGAGGGAUAGCCUGAGAGGUAAUCUGUUUUCUGAUGACGUGAAGCCCCAUGUCCUCCCUGAUGCUUCCCUGAAGCGCGCGAUGAGGAGGAACGCGGAUUGGCGCUCGUUCAGCAAGAGGCUGUUCCAGAGCGGUGACCCCUUGGAUCUGAACCGGGGGACUGCAGCUGCAGCCAUCGCAGGAGCCAAUGGUGUCACUCCUAGCGACACCGGCGCGUCAUCGGAAGAGACGGUGUCAGACAGCUGAGGGCCCGUGCUUAUCAUGGGCCCUUGUUAUACCUGUACGUCAUGUUGCAAUUACAUCUUCUAGUAUUUUGAUGCUGGUGAAGAGUAGGAACGAACUGUUUAAUCUGCAAUGCCAUGCCAUGCCAGUGAAUAAUCUGAUUGCAUCUUGUAAAGCAGCAGCUGCAGCAGCGUAUAUCUUGCUAGGUGUUAUUUUAGUUCUCUCCAUCCAUGGGAGAAGAGGUUUUACUCUGUCCCUCCGUUUCAAAUUGUAGAUCGUUUUAGCUUUUUUAAGUUUAUAAAUAUUAUUAUGCACUAGAUAUAAUAUAUCUCUAGGUGCAUAAUAAUGUCUAUAAACAUAUAAAAGUUAAAACGAUUGUAGUCACAACGAUCUACAAUUUAGAACGGAGGGAGUAUCCUGUAAUAUCUCAGUCGUGUAAGCAGAAGAGAUUUAUUACCUUAAUUUAAUCUUAUUUUUCUGAUUGCCGCGA